AUGGAUGAAAACGAUGUUAAACGAAGUCAAGCGUCUGUUUUUAAACGAUUUCGACAACAUCGUCAACAAUCAACAUCAUUAUCAUCUUUUCAAGUAACAGAUCAACAACAUAAAGAUCGGGAUUCUCUUGGAAAUCAAAUACCAAAUCAUAAAAGCAACGAACGAAAGUCAAUCCAUGAUUUAACCAUUGAUCACACAUAUGGCAAUACUAAAACAAAUGUACAACUGCCAUUCGACUGGUCAUCUCCGGAUGUAACGACAACGGUCAUGGACAAUAAACAUUACUUUAGUUUAUAUUUAAUUCGUAUUAAACAUGGAUUGGUUCUUUUUUCUCUUUUACUCACUGCUGUUCAAAGUCUUGUUUAUUUACUCUUAGCGAUCUUUUCCGAAAAGCGCUAUAUUACACAAUUUGUUCUUGAAAUUAGUCUAUUUUCGACGAUUUUUCUUCUAUCAAUGGUAAUUAUUUUAUUGAUUUAUCGAGAGAAAGUUUUUCAUGCAUAUGUACACAUAUCAUGCAUAUCUAUAUGGUUAUUAUUGACAUUUUUCGCUAUAAUCCCAUUGAUUCUACAACAGUACAUGUCAGUUAUUCGUCUGAUGGGUAUUGUCACAUUUUCAAUUGUUACUAUACAUACAACUCUGCCUGUGUCACGUUCAUGGACAUUUCUAAUGGCUUUAAUAACAUCGCUUAUACAUUUAAUGCUUGUUAUACGUACACACAGUAUUCCGGACCCGAAUAAUAAGUCACAUAAAAUGGAAUUUAAAUUAGAAGUUAUUUGUCUUUCAUUGUUCUUUGUUGCAUGCAAUCUCUUCGGCUUGUGUCAUCGUUAUUUAACUGAUGCACAUCAAAAGAAAACUUAUCACAAUACGAUGCGUUGUAUUGAAGCUCGAAUACGACUUGAAUGUGAGAAAGAACAACAAGAAACGUUAAUUCUUAGCGUGAUUCCAGCACAUAUCGGUAUAGGAAAUAUUUGUUUUUUUCCCCAAUUAGUUCUACUGACUCUCGUUUCUUCUCAUUUCACAGCUUUAAGUAUGAAGUCAGAAAUGUUACGCAAAGUAAAAGACACAGCCAAAUACCAUAAUAUCCAAUCUCGUGAUUUUGAUGAUCAACGAUCUAAUACAAAGAAGAUCAACACGCGUAAAGCAGCAUUUCAUGAUUUAUAUGUCAAAAAACAUGAAAAUGUGACCAUUCUCUACGCUGAUAUUGUUAAUUUUACUCCAUUAUCGGAAAAAUUUACUCCGCCAGAACUUGUACAAAUUUUAAAUAAACUUUUUGGAAAAUUUGAUCAAUUAGCACAAGAAUGUGAUUGUAUGAGAAUAAAAAUUCUAGGUGAUUGUUAUUAUUGUGUGAGUGGUUUACCAAUCAGUCGACCGAAUCAUGCAACCAAUUGUGUACGAAUGGGUUUAAAAAUGAUUGAAAUUAUAAAAUUAGUACGAGAAGCAACCGGUGUCAAUGUUGAUAUGCGUAUCGGUAUUCAUACAGGACGAGUUUUAUGUGGAGUACUCGGUCUAAAAAAAUGGCAAUACGAUACAUGGUCAGACGAUGUAACAUUAGCAAAUCAUAUCGAAGCCGGUGGUGUACCAGGGCGUGUGCAUAUAUCUGAAAGUACAAGACUGAGUUUGGGUAAUGAAUAUCAAGUGGAAAUCGCUAAUGGACAUGAACGUGAUGCAUAUAUAGCAAAACUAGGUAUCAAGACAUACUUCAUCAUACCCCGUGAUAUACCAAACAGCCAAAAUCAGUUAAUGAUGAAUGGAGAUAUUCGUAAAUCAAGCAAAAAAAUGCAGAAACUAUUAGAUACUUGGUCAAAUGAAACUCCAUUUGCGCUUCAACGUCUUGCUGAUAGUGAUAAAUCUGAUGCAGCAAAGAGUUUUGUUCUUCUUGAAGAUAAUUUAAAACCGUUAGCAACAUCAUUCAUUUGUUCUCGACGUAGUUUAAAUGAUUUGGAACCAUUCACAUUAGAAUUCAAUACGCAAGAAAAUAAAGAAAAUAAAAUGCACGAAGAUGAUGAAGGAAAUCGUCAAGCAACGGAAAGUUUAUUUCGUGCGUCACCUGAAUUACGGUAUCGAUAUUAUGUUCUAAAUGCCGCUUGCAUCUUCUUCUCAAUUCUUGUCAUCCAAGCAUUGAUUUUUGAGAGAAAUGCUUUAUACCUCGUUUUAAUGAUAACUGGCUUAUGUGCCUUUAGCGUAGCAGGCUCGCUUUGUAUUCUAGAUCUUUCUAAAUUACGGCGAAAUAAUCAUCGCUCAUUACUUGAUCAAUCGACAUAUUUAGUAACACACUACUACUUUAUUCGUUUACCUGUUAGUCUUAUCUUAAUUAUGAUUUGUAUCUUAACACCAUUUGCUGUCACUUGGUCACCAGCUGUAGAUAUAAGAGGAUCGUUUGAAAAUACAUCCGUGUUUACUAACGAUUUAUUAUUUGGAAAUUCAAAUCUUUCAUUUACACAAAACUAUAUCAAUCAGACAAUUCUCGUACCACUUCAUAGUAUUAGUAUAGUAUCAUCGAUUAGUAAUCCAGUCCUAUUUGAAUUAUGCCCACAUUUCGAAUUUCAUAUUCUAUUGAUUCAAAUGGCUUUAUUAACCAUAUCUUCAUUUAUGCAUCUUUACUUUCUUCUCAAAGCAUUAAUUAUGAUUGCUUUAGUAACUAUCUACGUGUUCUACUCAUCUCAUACGAAAAUUUAUAGUACAAUUGCUGAGAAUUACGGUUUAACAAGUAGUUUACUGCUAUUAGAAACAACAUUAGAAGUGUCCUUCUUCAUUUUUCUAUUAAUCGCAUUGGACCGACGGAUCGAAUAUAUGAGUCGACUUGAUCUAUUAUGGACAGUCAAAUUUCAAAAUGAAAAGCAUGAAGUAGAAACUAUAAGCACAAUAAGUCGAUUAUUAUUGGAAAAUAUUCUUCCGAAACAUGUAGCAGAAAUUAUUAUGAAAGAAAAUAUGAGCCAGGGUCUUUAUCAUGAAAGUUAUGAUAAUGUCGUUGUGAUGUUUGCAUCAAUACCCAAUUUUAAAGAAUUUUAUGUUCAAUCCGAUGCUAACAAUGAUGGAUUAGAAUGUUUAAGGCUGCUCAAUGAAAUUAUUGCUGAAUUUGAUAAACUAUUGGAUAAGAAUAAAUUCAGUUGUGUGGAAAAAAUUAAAACGAUCGGACAUACUUAUAUGGCAGCAGCCGGUCUCAAUCCAGGUGCUGAACAUCGGAUGACAAGAGAACGAUACAAUCAAAACAUUGUUGCACUUGCUGAAUUUGCUUUUGCUAUGAUUGCAGUACUCGAAGGAAUCAACCGAGAUUGCUUCAAUGAUUUUAAAUUACGAGUUGGCAUGUGCAAUGGACCUCUUGUUGCCGGUAUUGUUGGUGCAAAAAAACCUCAGUACGAUAUUUGGGGUAAUACAGUUAAUGUUGCUUCACGAAUGGAUAGCACAGGUGUGGUCAGUUGUAUUCAUGUUCCAGAAGAAACUCAACGAGUUCUAUUCGAAAAUGGUUAUUCAUGUGAAUGUCGUGGACCGAUCUAUGUCAAAGGCAAAGGUAACAUGACAACAUAUUUAGUCCGACAACGCGGUUACAUGCUACCGACAUCCGCUUCAAAUCUCUCGUCGAUAGGCACAACAUUGAAUAAAUGA